UGAAGCAAUGGCGAGCGGCGGCAGCAGCGGCGGCGGCUCCGGUGUCCCAGCGACAGAGGAAGGAGAGGCGGUGCCGUUGCCCGGGCCCGGUGACUGCUCUGCCGAAGCCGAGGAGGAGGAAGAGGAGGAACAGGAGGUGUUGGCUCUGGCCGCCCGGCUGAGGCGACGUCUGAGGGGCUGGGAGGCGACCGUGGCUGCCGUGCAGCGGCUACUGGUCUGGGAGAGGCCGCCACAGAGCCUGGCCGGGGCCGUCUGGCUCGGAGCUGCUCUGUGGCUGUUUUCCUCCACUUCGUUGCGUCCUCUGUUCCUCCUCAGCAUUGGCCUUAUUGGUGUUCUCCUAUUGGAAAGAUGGAAGCCCCAAUUCCUAUUGGAUUUCUCAGCACAGCCCUUGGAAGAACCUGGAGGAGACAGUGACAGUGAGAUGGCAGGAGCGCAGCCUCACCUGCUCAGUGUCCCAGAGCUCUGUCGUUGCUUGGCGGAGAGCUGGAUUACGUUCAGGCUGUAUUUGCAGGAGCUGCUGCAAUACAAGAGACAAAACCCUGCCAAGUUCUGUGCCAGGGUCUGCUCAGGAUGCUUGAUGCUAGCGAUAGUAGGACACUAUGUUCCAGGAAUCAUGAUCUCCUACAUUGUCUUGCUCAGUAUCUUGCUGUGGCCACUGGUAGUCUACCAUGAGCUUAUCCAGAGGAUGUACACCCGUUUGGAGCCCAUCCUGAUGAAACUGGACUACAGCAUGAAGAUGGAGACCUUGCAUCAUAAACAUGAAAAGAAAAAGCGUCAAGGAAAGAGUGAGCCGGAAGCUGGCAGUGAGUCAAUGGCAGAGACGGAAAGUGAAAGUGAGGCGGAACUGUCUGGCUAUUCUCCAGUGGUGGAUGUGAAGAAGACAGCUCUGGCAUUGGCAAUCACAGACUCUGAGCUCUCGGAUGAGGAGGCCUCUAUCUUGGAGAGUGGAGGCUUCACCGUCUCCAGAGCUACGACGCCACAGCUAACAGAUGUGUCUGAAGAUCUGGAUCAGCAGAGCCUGCCGAGUGAACCAGAAGAGUCCUUCUCCAAGGACAUGGCAGAGUUCCCCUCUGUGGAAGAGUUUCAUUCCAGGGACUUGGGACCACCUAGCAAGGAGGACAACUUUGCGGUGCCUGCCCAUGCCGCCCAUCAGCCGGACUCCACUGAGGAAGAAGUGGCAGUAGCAGCAGCCGGGAGUUUGGACACAUCCAUCCUGGGCCUGGCCUCGCCCUUGCAUUUUGUAAAUACGCAUUUCAAUGGGAAUGGGCAGGCGAUGGCAGGAGGGGCUGCUGAACCCCAGGAUGCCUCUGCCCGAGACCUGGGGCUGCACAUCGAUUCGCUGAGCCAAGAGAUCGUCACCACAGCGAUCAGUACAGUAGUGCAGAACACCCUGUCAGCCCUGCUCCGCUCCUCUGAGGACAGCGAGGGGCCUUCUCUCUCUGAGUUCCUGCCCACUGAGCCUGAGGAGAGACUCAGUUUCCAGGCUCAGCUGUCUGAGAGUGAAGAGGUGGGAGCUGCCUCUUUACCUGGAGAGGAAGAGGAAGCCGAUGACUUCGAGCUGCUUGACCAGCGGGAGUUGGAGCAGAUGGAUGCAGAGCUCGGCCUUUCAGGAGAGACAGAGGCUCCGGGCGCAUCUUCUCUCCCUCCUGAAGAAGAACAGUCACCCAGCUCCUAGGUCCCACGGCUCCCCUGUAUUUCUGUAGCUGCAAGGAAGGACAAAUAGACACAUGGCAGGGUGUGAUCUAUGCUGACCGGGGAUGGCAGAGCAUCCACAUGCACAGUGUUAUGUCUGGAAUAGUGCGUUGUUGUUGCUGCCCUCCUCCUCCUCCUCCUAGUGUUCGCCUUCCCAUCAGGCCACUGUGUCCAGCCCGUGCUUCCUAGUGAUGAUGCAGUCUUUCGGUCCGCUGUUGCAAUUUGUCUGUCUUUGUCUCGUCAUCUUUGUUUUUUUGCACGCCACAUCUUCAGCUAGAUAGACCUGUUACUCGCACCCACUGCUCAUCCCCACACACCCAAUAGGAAGUCAAGUGUUUUUAUGGGAUGGGGGUGGCAGCGGGAGGGUCUAAAUUGUAAAUAACGUGAUGGAACCAUUGGUUGUUUAGUUGAACAAUGGGGAGGAAUUGGUUGUAUGGAGAAACGGGUUGGGGAGGUUCCUUCUUAGUUAGAAAUUUGGUUGGGGAGGGGAAACAGGGCAUCAAAAGUGACAACAGGUAUUUUUGCUGUCAAAAUAGGAGGAGGCACACCUGGGCUUCGCUACCCACCUUGCACAAAAUAGUAGCUGUAGUUUCUAGCACUAGCCCCCUCCCUCUCCAUUAUUUUAAGCCUCCAAUCCAGUUCCCUUUAUGCAGUAAUAUGAAUAUGAAACACCUGACGUGGGCUCCAGUAUGGGGUGGCUUGGGUCUUCUGGGUUCUGAACUGCAAGCCAGGCUGACUGAAGCGUCUUUUACAGUAUGUACCAGGAAAAAUACAACUGAAUCUGAGAUACCCUGAAAGCCUUUCUCUCCCUUCCCCACCACCCACCCUUCUGCUGCUGCUGCUGCACUUUAUUUGCAAAGUACCUGUUCCUGCUUGUUGUCACCUUUUCUGAAGGCCUGGCUGAGCCGGCCCUGCCCUGUGAUGCACCUUGGCCAGAAAGCUAUCUUCUACUGCCCUCAGUCUUGUCUUGAGGAGAAGAGCAGGGCGGUUUGAGAAGAAAUUAUAUGUGUGAGACAAUGGGAAGAACUCUUGUUUUUCUAGCCUUGUCUGCACAUCAGGUGUUUCUCUCCUUAUAGCCUUUUUGGUAAGUGGAGUAAUAUGCCCUCUUGUGUUCUCAGGAGAAAGGAUUGGGGGGAAGGGGAGGGAAUUGUUCUAUUCCACACACACACAUGCAGGUGGCUACUGCCCUUCAUUGAUAGCUGUGGAGGGUGCUGCCUGCCCAGCUUAUAGAGAAUAUGGUUUUAAAAAUCUAUUUGAAACCAUCAACUGAAUCUUUCAAAGGUUGAUUUUAAAUUGCAAUGGUAAAAUAGUUUUAAUUGUGUAGAAGCAGAGCUGCCCCCAUGUCUGGGUUGUGUAUCAGUUGCCCGGUGCAAGGUGAAGAUCUGCCUAUGGCAAUAGCUUUCCCAGCUCUAGGGAUACUCUUUUGCUCCCUGGAAUAAGUCUCCUUUUGAAGGGCGGGGGGCUGCAUUGUGAAUGUGUCAUUCUCCUGCUUUAUUAAGGCAUUAAAGAUACGUCCAGGCAAUUCCUCACGUUCUUCACAUUUUCAAGAGAAACUGCAGGUUUCCAGAUGCAGGCCUUGGAGCUAUGAUAGCUUGCCUUGCAGACCUCUGACUUGCAUUUCUGUGAGAUUUUUCAGCAAAGCGAAGGUGCUGCUUCUCCACAUGGGUGGCAGCCAAAAGAAUUCCAAGCACAUCUGCAAGACCCCAGCUCCUGCCUUUUACCCCCUUCAGGGUACAUUGGCUGCUGAGCCAUUUGGUGCCCCCUCUUUUUAUUGGGGUCACUUCUCAUAAUGGGCUCCUUCAGUCAUGGGGCAAGAUGAUUUUGUGGGCCAGAGUUGGCUCCCUUUCUGUCCUGGAUUGCCUGCCCUUCUCCCCAAACAUUGGGGGUGUGUGGGGGUGUGGGGGUGUGAGGUGGCUGUUAAAAACAGCUUCUUCUUAAUGUCUGCACUUUGGAAACAGGCAGCUGCGUGGCACUGAGUGUGGAGCCUGCCUGCCUGCCUGCCUGCCUGCCUUUGUGUUGUGUCCUGAGCACAAAUGUUGCCACCUCUCCCAACAACCAGAACCCCUGGCUUUCCCUUUCUGGUGCAGGAGGCAUGUUUAUAUGUUGGUAUUUCUUUCUAAGCUUUCUUCCUUUCCUUUGGUGGCAGCAGUGCUGUGCUGCUCCAGCACAGAGGCCUCCUAAUGAAGGCAGCUGAGAUUGCUGAUGCCACAUAGGGAAGGUGGAGGGCUUUGAACUAUGUAGCAGUGUUUAUGGCUAAAUAUUUAAAAACCAAGACGUAGUCUUUUUAAUAAAAAAAAGUUGCAAAGAUACGAA